AACCAACCCUCAACACCAAUAUUCUUCUCUGCAGGUUUUACUUUCAUUUACGUUUUGUAAAACUACAAGCAGAGACAUCAGCAGAGAGAAGCUAAUGAAAUGGGUGCUGCGGUUGAUAUUUUCAGCUCAGGGCAAAGCCACCCUGCUGCAGAGUUGAGGAUUGUGUUGAUAGGAGAAAGUAACUCAAAAGCAAGUAGUACAACUGGAAACAUCAUUCUGGGUGAAAAUGUUUUUGACACCAGCAGAAGAACAGCUCAGAGUGAAGCGAAGCAGCAGGAAGUAUUCGGCAGACUAGUUACAGUGGUUGAUACUCCAGGCUGUUGGUGGCAUUAUCCAAGCGAAGACACUGCAGAACUGGAUCGGAUAGAAAUCCGUAACAGUGUCCAUCUGUGUCCUCCAGGACCUCAUGUCUUUCUUCUGGUCAUUCCCGUUGAUUUAUAUUUACCUCAGCGGGUCAAAUCAUCACUAGAGGAGCACCUGCAACUUUUCAAUGAAGAUGUUUUUAGUCACACCAUCGUGCUGUUCGCUGCAGACGAUCCAUGUAGUGAUGAAAUGAUAGAAUAUGAUAUCGAAGAUAGUCCAACUCUGCAGUGGAUCCUUCAACAAUGUGGAAACAGAAAACAUGUUCUCAACAUCAGUGACAAAGAAGAUAAAGAUCAAGUCAGGAUGCUUUUUGAGAAAAUUGAGACCAUGGUUACAAACAAUGGAGGAAGACACUGUCCUGUUGACAGACGUCAAGGAGAAGCUCUGAGGAAAGAAAUGACAGAUUUGUCUGAAAGAGCCUCAAGAAGGUUUGAUCAAGUUCAGAAACAAAGAAGGAAACUCAAAGAGCUGAUUGAAGGUGGGAAACGUCCACCAAAACAUUUAAAGAUGGUGUUAGCUGGUGCAGAGUGGGAAGGCAAGAGCUCAGCAGGAAACACCAUUCUGGGAAAAAAAGCCUUUCAUGUUAAUACAAAUGGAAGAAGGACAGCGUACAAUGAAAUAAGCCACAAUGUGGUUGAAGGAAGGCGGCUCACGGUGGUAGAUUCUCCUGGAUGGUUCUACAUCAACACCCUUCAGGACACCAAUGAGAUGGACAAACAGGAAAUGGAGAACAGUGUGUAUCUGUGUCCUCCAGGACCCCAUGCUGUGCUGCUGGUUAUUUCAUUGGCAACUGCUCUGAAUAUAUCAAGUCUGACAGCUGUUCAUGAACACAUGAGCCUGUUUAGAGAAGACGUCUGGAAACACACACUUGUUCUGUUCACCAGAGGAGACUGGUUAGGAGUGAAGACUGUGGAGGAGCGUAUAGAGAGUGAAAAAGGUCUGCAGUGGAUAGUGAACAAGUGUGGGAACAGGUAUCAUGUCCUGAACAACAUGGAUCACAGUGAUGCGACUCAGGUACAUGAGCUCCUUGAGAAGAUUGAAGAGAUGUGGGCAGGAAAUAAAGAUCCUUACUAUGAAGUGGACCUGGACCGAGCUGCACAGAUAGAAGCCAAGAAAGAGGCUGGAGACAAGAUGGCCAGAAGAUUGAAGAAGAUCAAUGAGAGACAGUCAAGAGUGUUGAAAGUGCUGUUUGAAGGUGAGAAACAGCCAGUCACUGAGAUAAGGAUUGGUCUUGUUGGCCAAAAAUGUUCAGGGAAGAGUAAAGCAGGAAAUAUAAUCCUUCAUAAUGAGAUAUUUCACAAGGUUUUUGACACAGCUCGAUUGAAAAAGAACUACCAAGAUCAGAGAGAAACUUCAACAUGUGUAAAACACGAAGGAGACGUUGACGGAGUAAAAGUCUCUGUUGUUGAAACACCAGGUUGGUUCACAGACCCAACACCACCAGACUGGAUCAAAGGUGAAGUUCUCCACAGUGUCUCCAUGUGUCCUCCAGGACCUCAUGUUUUUCUCCUGGUUGUUCCGAUCUCCAGAGCUUUCACAGAGAAAGAUCUCAAAGCUCUGGUGGAGGUCUUAAUGCCAUUAACAGAGAGAGUGUGGAGACACUGCAUGGUGCUGUUUACCUGGGGAGACUGGCUCCAUGACCUCCCUGUAGAGAACUACAUUGCCAGAGAGGGCAAGGAGCUCCAGGAGCUUCUGGAGAAGUGUGGAAACAGAUACCAUGUUCUAAACCCCUACAUUUCCGAUGAUCCUGUUCAAGUCAAAGAGCUGUUCCAAAAAAUUAUUGACAUGGUGACACAAAAUAAGGAAUGUUUCACAACUGAAGGAACGAAACUCUCUUUCCUUGAGAAAUUCAGUUUUUUCUUUGGCAACAAAAAACAAAUGGAAGAAGAAUGGAAGAAGAGGGAGGAGGAGCUGAUCAGGCGAAUGUUGAAAGCUUUAGCAAAGGAACCAGAGGAACCAACUGUCUUCUGCGAGGAUGGCACAUAGCAUGGAUGAGUUUCUUAUUCCACACAAAGCAACAGACCUGGCUCUGUGUUUAGCUGUGGCACCUUCCUGGAGGGGGACAUCAGCCAAGCGGCUGGCAACAAUUAAUGCUCACCUUCUACAGAUGAUACACUUGGCCCUGUCUUUCAGUGUUUUACCCUGUCUCUUCUUUGGAAGACUAAUUCUAUGGAAAAUGUUUUUAAUAAAAACAAAGUUUUUUAUAGAUUUGUCAAUCAAAAAAUCCUGGAAAAUUUCAAAGUGGUAAUUUUUCCUAUUAGCUUCUUAAACAUAAAGGUUCAACAGUAUUGUUCUUGGUAGGUUAAUCAGAAAAAAACGAGAAACAUAUAAAGAUACAACAUGAAAGUAUAUCCACAGCUCUAAGAACCUUAGCGAGUGAUAAUUAUAUCCAUUAUCCUGGCAAUAUUAUAAAUGUUUUGAUGAGUAUUAAUACUGUGAUAUCGGUGAUUAACCUGAUUUAGUCCUCACACUUUCAUUGCUGUAGAAAGAGUAAGUGCAACUUUCUUAAUCAGAAAAACAAUUGGAUAAUAUCAACCCAGUCAACCAGCAGGUGGAACAGCACAACACAGGAGAUGUUGAUCCAAGCCAUCAAGACUGGUCUCAACCAAGGCUCAGAUCAGUACAACAAACCGCUGGUCCAAAUAUACAGUCAUCACUGAGCUAGAACCUCAUAUGGUGCAACCAUCAAAACCUCCUGUGUUUCUCCAGGUCCAGGAGAUGCUGGAUGAGUUUCUUUGGACAGAGAUCAAAUUAUUAUUUCAUGCAUUAUGUGCUCAGAUUUUGCUUUUAUGGUUUUCAGAGUGAGCACUCAGUAGGCACAGGGGAGAAAUGUUUAAGAAAAUCCAGAAUUACUCUGAAUUAUGUAACAGUUAUUCUUACUUGGAUUUUUAAUGUGAAAAACUCAUAUCUUUCACCAGUGACUCCACAUCUGGAGGGCCAGCCUCCCUAAGGGGGGCCCUGAGGAGCUCAGGUGGAGGCUCUAAUGUGUUGAUAAAGAUAACAAACCGAGAUGAUCAAUUACAGGAGCUAUUAACAACAGUUACAUUUUAUCGCAUCAUGUGAUGGUUUGCCACAUGUAUCUGUAUAUUAUGAGCAUGUUUAUUAAAAUAUGUAUCGGACAAAUUUUUACAUCAAAACUCAAUAAAAACUUAUCCAGUGUUCACACUGAAGUAAAAAGUUAUAAUAAAAAGCUGUGCAUGCAUCUUUCAGCAAAUUAAAUCUUGGUUGACUGAGUUAACACAGAGCUUGCUUCUCAAACGAAGUGUACUACUGGAGAAAUAAAACAAGUUUGCUGUGAUGAAGUUUUUUUAGGCUGAUAUAGAGAGAAAAAGAAAUCCCAGAAGCACAUCAACCAAAAAAGGUAUGCUGGAAAAUUUAGCUUAUUGUGACAAUACCACAAAGUCUGUAUUAUCUGCCAAAUCCUAAUAUUUGACCCCUGCACAAAAGUACGAAAGAAAAAUACAGGUUUUAGUGUCCAAAGGAAAGAAUUGUUAUAUUACUGAUAAAGAAAUUACUAAGUUUUGACAUUCGCACAUAGGCGUGCGUCUGCAUUACACUGAUGGGGCGGGUAGACUUGGGGAACUCUUGUGAUUUUAUAAUUAUUACAUUUUAAAAUGUCCGUUCAACUCAAAAAAGACAAAUAAAUGUAUUUGUGUUUUUUAUGAUGGACAAAUUCUAUAUUUUCACAAUAGUUUUUGUCUGGAAACCCAGCUGCUGCAAAAUUGUUUAAGAAACUGUAUGUUAAUCACUGACUGAGCAAAUUGACUUUAAUGACUUGUGCAGCCACAAUUUGACUCCCAACCUUUCUCUCUCUAUCUCCCCCUCCACCUGUCUGAAACACUGUAAAUAAAGGCCACGUGUUUUACAAAAGUUUUAAAAAAACAAACAAUAAAUGACUUGAAUUUUUCCAGAA